AUGACCUCGCUCAUCAAUCGCGCGACCACCCUCGCCUCGUCCGACAAGCCCCUAUUCGCUCAAUUGUCUGAGUUAGCGUCUAGCACGAUGAACGCGCGGCGGUACGCCGACUCCAAGAUCUUGAUCUACAUGUUUGCCCGUCAGCUUGCGAAACGUGUGGAUGUGGAGUCUGGGAGCAGUAGUCGCGGGGUGGUGAUCAACGAUAUGUGUCCUGGGAUGGUGACGACGAGUAUAGAUAGGACGGUGCCGGCGUGGAGUACUCCUCUGGUGUGGCUCUUCAAAGGAUGGCGAGCGCGGACAGCUGAGGAGGGCGGGAGGACGGUCGUGUAUGCGGCCGCGGUAGUGGGGAAGGAAAGUCAUGGAGAGUUCUUGGCCCAUGAGAAGAUUACGAGAACGAAAGCCUUGGAGUUCAUUGAGACUAAGGAUGGGGCAUCUAUUGAAAAGAAGGUCUGGAAAGAGAUAUUAGGGUUAGCAGAGGAGGCGGCUCCGGGAAGUAUCGAGGCAGCGGGACUUCAUUAA